GAAUUACAGUCGUACAAAAACCUCCCCCAGUCAGACUGCAGAGACACUGAGCUGCUGCAGCAGGAAGAGACUGUGACACAGACCAGUGGACACAGAGCCGACAGUAACCUCGCCAAGCACGAACUAACGCAGACUCACAUUCGUAUAAAGAUACAUGACACUGAAUCUCCCAGACCUAAAAUUAUAGAGGUUAGAAAAAGCUUAUAAAAGGUUUUGUUGAUUUUUUAAAAUAUAUAUUAGCAGAAUAACUGCUUUGCAUUUCAUUACGCUAUUUCGCCUCUGUUAUUACAAAUUCAUGUAGCGAAACUAAUAUUUGCAUAUUAUUUUGCCCUGAGCAUUUCUUAUUUCCACAGAGGAGAAAAACAUAAAACUAUUUUCUCCCUGAAUGUAUACGAAAUAAAAUUACUCAAGUGCUGUACUUGCGGUUAGUACGUUCAUGAUGAGGUGGUGCACGAGAGAAUUCCCGCUUUCUGCUACAUUCUCCUUUUCCAUUUUUAAGGAAAAAUACUACGUUUCACGGCAGGUUUUACAGGUUAAUUGUCGCAGCAACUUACAGCCAUUUAGAGUCCCCAGAGGAUGAAUCCUCCCUCCCUUGAAAUGUCUCAGUGACUAUUGCAUUUGAUUGCAAAUGAAAACUGGUUCGAAUAAAUAUGAUUCAUCAGCCGACUCCUUCCUGCAGGGCCUUUUUGUUGCUGUUGUUAGGAAGUUAAAGGAAAACAAUAGAGGCGGCGUUUGGUUGAAGACGAGGAUUAAAACGUUAUUGGAUUGGUCACAGGUGACGUGGGCACAGACAGGAGAGAUUGUCAAGUUUGGAUCUGUUCCCGGAUCAGGAUGGACACAGUGACAUCAGAAGACUCACGGCGGCAACUGAAUUAACGAGGCACGCAAACAACACUGUCCCCUCGCCGACCUGCGUGUUUCAAGUCCACGCCGACGCCUCCGUGUUCAUGCCAAGUGUUGACAUUGAGGGCCUGUCCGUGCACGCCCUGACCCCUGAGCAGAGGACACACCCUCACGUCAUGGUCAGAUCAUAGGACACGCACAGUGUCAGGACGUGCUCCUGAACACAGAGGACUGAGAACUGUGGUGUGUUGCCUCGGCGUCCGCCCCCCCCCCUGGUAAUCCCGCCUGCACAGUUCAGUCGCUUUGCGUACACGUGGCGAAAGCCGCGGUCCGCCGUCAUCCUUUCUCUGUAGAAAGCAACAAAGGAAUCAGCGGUCAUGUAUGCAAAAAGGGGGCCGCGUAGAUCUAGAUCUGCAGAUGUCACUCAUCACUGCAGCUUCUGUCUUGUUUUGAUGACUUUUUUUAAUAUAUAUAACUUUCAACCUUCUACAUAACCAAAAAACAUGAUUGAUUGGAGGAUGUGGGACCAACGAGCCAUUCGUUAAAAAGUUGCUUGACUUUGUCCAGAGGUCAAAGUGCAAGCACCUGUUUAACGAACGGGACGACUUGGAGGUGGGUAGUAAUACUGUAACUCAUAAUGAUCUAUGAACGGUGGAGCUAAUCUGUGCUGAGGACUUGUCUUCAGCCUCUUUAAUAAGCCUGAGUGGCUGCGAGGGAGCCUCUGUGCCAGCGGAUAGGGAUAAUCCCUUUAGGCUGCACUUUACCAGGAAUCAGCCAGUCUACACUUCCUCUCUCUCAGACUUGGGUGAGCUCGUCAGUGUGAGACGAGCGCCACAUUUGAUCAGAUCCGCGGCGCCGCCCUCCGCCUUGUGGGAUACACACUGGUCAACCUCACCGGCCCCACGAGAGAUCCGUGUAUCUGCAGUCACUCCCGAGGGGAGUGGGGGGGGUGGAUCUGCUGGGAUACGGACCGAGUGUAAAACCACGAUGGGGGCGCUGAAGAAGUUUAUGAAGAGAGUGGUGUCGCUGAAAAUCCGGGAGUAUGUGACGGACUACUGCAAGAGGAACGGCCUUCUGACGCUCUCGGUCUUUGCUGUGGUGACGGGCUGCGUGCUCGGAUUCCUCCUGCGGUCGUUCAACCUGUCCACGCAGGCCAAGAUCUACUUCUCCUUCCCUGGAGAGCUGCUGAUGAGGAUGCUAAAGAUGUUGAUUCUGCCGCUCAUCACCUCCAGUCUCAUGUCCGGCCUGUCAGCCAUGGACACGAGGGCGAGCGGCCGGCUGGGGGUCCUGACCAUCACCUACUACCUGUGGACGACCUUCAUCGCCGUCAUCGUCGGCAUCGUGCUGGUGCUCAUCAUUCACCCGGGGACAGGCUCGGAGAAAGACGGUCACCACGCGAGCUCGGGGCCGGUCAUGACCUCCGCUGACGCUCUGCUGGACCUCAUCAGGAACAUGAUCCCGUCGAAUCUAAUUGAGGCGACUUUUCAGCAGUACCGGACAGAUUUGGUUCCCAUCGUGCAAAGCGCUAAUGUGAAAGAGUCUCAGGCCAACUAUGUGUAUGUCAUGCCCGACUACCACAACCCUAGCCUGGGCCACCCGGUCUUCCUGGAGAUCACCCCUGCACCCGACAUCAAGUACAAGAUGGUGCCCAGUACGAGCAAGGGCAUGAAUGUGCUGGGUAUCGUCAUCUUCUCGGCCACCAUGGGUCUGCUGCUGGGGAAGAUGGGAGAACGUGGCGCGCCACUGGUCAACGUGUGCCAGUGCAUCAACGAGUGCGUCAUGAAGAUAAUUAACGCGGCGAUGUGGUACUUCCCCUUCGGUAUUGUGUUCCUUGUGGCCGGGAAGAUUCUGGACAUGCACGACCCUGCUCACCUGGGAGAGAAGCUGGGCAUGUACUUCAUCACGGUGCUGUCCGGUCUGUUUGUGCACGGCCUCAUCCUGCUGCCUCUGUUCUACUACUUCUUCACCCGCAAAAACCCCUUCCCUUACAUCAGAGGGCUGCUGCAGGCUCUCGUCAUUGCACUGGCCACAUCAUCCAGCUCGGCCACUCUGCCAAUCACCAUGAAGUGUCUUCUGGAGAACUGCGGAGUGGACCGGCAGAUCGCUCGCUUCGUGCUGCCGGUGGGUGCGACCAUCAACAUGGACGGGACGGCGCUGUACGAGGCAGUGGCGGCCAUCUUUAUCGCACAGGUCAAUGAGUACGACUUGGACUUUGGCCAGCUGGUCACCAUUAGUAUAACAGCGACGGCAGCCAGCAUCGGGGCAGCUGGGAUACCUCAAGCGGGUCUGGUUACCAUGGUGAUUGUCCUGACCUCGGUGGGGUUACCGCCUGCUGACAUCUCGCUGAUUGUGGCCAUCGACUGGGUUCUCGAUCGCUUCCGGACCAUGAUCAAUGUUCUCGGCGAUGCCUUAGCCGCGGGGAUUAUGGCUCACAUAUGCAAGAAGGACUUUGAGAAAGCAGCCGCAGCCGCCGCCGCAAAAGCCGCCAAAGCCGCCAACGCCACUUCUACCGACACCGCUUCUGCCGACACUGCUCCCGCCAACAAUGGCGGUGGCCCGCAGCGGAGAGACACGGUGAUCUCCUUCGGUAACCAGAGCGUGGCGAUGUCCGACGCUCCUCUGAUCGCUCACCGCUGCGAUUACGUGUUCGAGGUGGACGGGGACCACGUGAUAGAGAGGCCUGUGGCCUGCUACAACCUCUGCCAAGUCUGAGAGCGAGGGGGAUGCCGCCUUCUACAGUGAGCCAGAUUCACCCCUCGGGGGUCAAAGGGGCCGUCAUCUGAGGCCCCUAAAAAUCCACUUAGGUUUCCAUCCCAAAUGAGACCAAAGAUUGAGUAUGUUGCGGUGUGAGAGUGUAAGAAAAAAAUCCCUAAAUGGAUUGGUGCCAUGCCGAAAACGGAAAAACCUCCAUUACUUGACGUGCACCGUGUGUCUCCGGUCGUUUUUGACAGGAUGACGGGAGUUGUGAGGAGAUGCAUUUAAAAUAUUGUUUGAACGCACCCUACAGACACGAUGGCGUUUUGCAAUAUGUGCAUUGGGUGAUUUAUGUCAGCUGGACGUUCCCGGGGGGGGGGCGUGUCCUACAGGAGGUUUGAUUGCAGGUUCGGACGGAAGUCAAGGUUAUGAGUUGCCUUAACCUGAUGUCAGUUGUGGAAAUGACACUGAGAGCCUGGAAAGACUUCAAGACAUCAAAAAGUGAUAGACUCAAAUUAAUCAAAUUCAUUUUCUUCAGGUGACUCCAUUGUUAGAUAUACGGUAUUUACAGACGGACAUUAAAGCAACAUUCGCACAAAUAUGUUCAUUAUUGUAGUACAAAGAAGAAUAUGAUGUUUUUAUACUUCAUGCUUUAAUUGUGUUGAUGAUGUUUUCUAAAUUAAAAAAAAAAUGGAUGCAC